GUCACUCCGGGCAUAGCUGCGCAGCACGCGGCUGAAACCGAGUAGGAGUCAAUAAAUAAAUAAAUAAACCACCACCACAAUGCCGCGACAACAACGCUCUAUACAGACUUCUCGUGAAGGCAGACUAAGCCUUGCUAUCGCAUCCUAUCAUAAUAAUCUAAAAAGUUCUAUCUACUCUCUUGCGAAAGCGUAUGACGUGCCAAAAUCAAAACUCCAGACGCGUCUCCGCGGUGUCCAGCCACGGUCAGAGAUUGCGUCUACUAGGCGCAAGCUAUCACUUAUUGAAGAGUAGUCUCUUGUUCAGUGGAUUCUAGAGCUUGACCGACGUGGAUUUCCAC